AUGAAGUUCCUUAAGACAUCGAGGGUUUGCCUCGUUACCCGGGGUCGCUAUGCUGGCAAGAAGGUUGUGAUCAUCCAGCCCGUCGACCAAGGCACCAAGAGCCACCCCUACGGCCACGCCCUUGUUGCGGGCAUCGAGCGGUACCCCAGCAAGAUCACCCGCCGCAUGUCUAAGGCUCGGAUCGAGAAGCGCAGCAAGAUCAAGCCUUUCAUUAAGGUCAUCAACUACAACCACCUGAUGCCCACUCGCUACACCCUUGAGCUUGAGGGCCUCAAGGCUGUCAUCAACGCCGACACCUUCAAGGAGCCCAGCCAGCGUGAGGAGGCCAAGAAGACCGUCAAGAAGGUCCUUGAGGACCGCUACAACAGCGGCAAGAACCGGUGGUUUUUCACUCCUCUGCGUUUCUGA